GGUUAGCAUAAAACCGGCCACCCGCCCGCUCCCACUCCAACCAUCUCCCCUCUCCUCUCCGCUCCGCCCCCUUCCCCCCGAAGCUGCCUGCGCCCAGCGCCGCCAACCUCUCCUCCUCCCUCCGCCGCCGCCGCUCUCCCCUAUAAAUCCUCCGUCUCGCCGUAUCCCUCCAAAGAUCUACCCCGAAACCGCCGCUACCGCUACUCGUCCUCCUCACGCACGCGCUUAAUCAAAUCAUCUUCUUCUACCACCUUCUUGUCUUGCUUCCACCAAGAGACCGGGAGCCAAGCAGCCAAGAACGUGCCUCUCCGCGCCCAUGUCUGUCCAAGUGGCCUCGCCGGCGGGGGAGAAGGCCAUGGCGACGACGGCGUGGCCGUACGUGGAGUACAUGGCGCAGUGGGAGCGGCAGGUGGAGCGGCGGCAGCUGUUCCUCCGGAGCUACCACUUCUCCCGGGACGCCGAGGUCUCGCCGCGCGCGCGCACGCGCCGCGUCGUCUGGGCCGGGGCGCGACGCCUGCGCCGCGCCGCCGCCAAGGGGCUCCGACGGCUCCGGGCGCGCAUCCGCCUCUGCUUCGGCUGGGCCGCGCCCGCGCUCCGGCGCCGCUCCUCCCCACGCCGUGGCGGCGUCCACGGCUUCCGCUACGGCCGCCUCCCCCGCGUCGUGAAGGCGCCGCCGGCCAACGCCGCGUCCGCCUGCUUCUGGUAGCCGGCCGGCCAACGCGUCAGCGCACUUGCUGGCUUCCAAGUCAAGCUCUUGAUCGCUUAUUAGGUAAAAGCAAUUAGCCGGUGAAUGGUAGCAAGUUAGCGGUGAGUUCUGGAGCUCUACUCCGGCUCCAUGGAGUGUUCGUCGUUGCUUGCUUGCUCAAGCGUGAUUGGUUAUGUGUGGACGUUUUUUUCCUUCUUUUUGGUGUCUGAUCACUCUGAAUGAAUGAAUUAGUUAUGUAUCUAUAUGAAACCUUCUCUGUUCUUGCUGGA